CCCCAUCUCACCCCCGCUCCCCUUUUUUCCUGCCUUCACCUCUCUUUUCGUCCUUUGUCUUUGUUUGUUAGCCUCCAAUCCAUCUCCACACCCGCCCCCCUCUUCCCCCAGGAAAUCCCCCUUCGGUCCGCUCCUUGACGGAGACUUUUCACCCCCAUCGAUUCGUGGAGAUCGAGGAAUCCGCCCCCGUCCCGAUCCGAUUCGCGGCCGCCGGAGGCGGUGGCGCGCACCCGAUCUACCCCACAUCGUUGCCGGAGGCUCCCCGACGACUUUGCAGCUUUGCCGUGAGCGGAGGCGCCGCUGGCCGCCAUGUCGUCCCUCAGCCGCGAGCUCGUCUUCCUCAUCCUCCAGUUCUUGGAUGAGGAGAAGUUCAAAGAGACCGUCCACAAAUUGGAGCAGGAGUCGGGUGUUUUUUUCAAUACAAGGCACUUUGAGGAGGCGGUGCUCGCCGGGGACUGGGAUGAGGUGGAGAGGUACCUGUCGGGGUUUACAAAGUUGGAUGACAACCGGUACUCGAUGAAGAUCUUCUUUGAGAUCCGAAAGCAGAAGUAUCUUGAGGCCCUUGACAAGCAUGAUAAGGGCAAGGCAGUAGAAAUCCUGGUUAAGGAUCUUAAGGUAUUCUCAACAUUCAAUGAAGACCUUUAUAAGGAAAUUACCCUACUCCUUACCUUGGAGAACUUCAGGGAGAACGAUCAGCUAUCAAAGUACGGAGAUACCAAGUCGGCCAGGGCGGUGAUGCUGGCAGAGCUCAAGAAGCUGAUUGAAGCGAAUCCCCUAUUCCGUGACAAGCUGCAGUUUCCUACGCUCAAGACAUCAAGACUUCGCACUCUCAUCAAUCAAAGUUUAAACUGGCAACAUCAGCUCUGUAAGAACCCAAGGCCCAACCCUGAUAUUAAGACGCUUUUCUUUGACCAUUCUUGUUCCCAACCAAAUGGUGCUCGUGUGCCUUCUCCAGCCCCUCCACUCACGAAUGUCAUACCAAAACCAGGAGCAUUUCCCCAACUGGGCCCACCACAUGCGCCAUUUCAGCCAGCUGCAGCAGCUAUGCCAACAUCUCUCACAGGUUGGAUGGCUAAUGCUGCCCAAAUGCCCCACCCUGCAGUCUCUGGUGCCCCACUCGGUAGUCUAGCAACUCCUCCGAGUGCAGCUGCUCUCUUGAAGCGUCCUAUGACUCCCCCAAACAGCAAUCCUACCAUGGAUUAUCACACAGCAGAUUCAGAACAUGUGAUAAAGAGAUCACGCCCUAUGGGAGUUUCUGAGGAGGUUGGCCUGCCUACUGCUCAUUUGCCUGUUGCAUACUCUGGCAUUGGACGGAGCCAGCAUUCUUUUGAUGAGUUGCCCAGGACUGUUGCAGUGACUCUAAAUCAGGGUUCUGCUGUGAUGAGCAUGGAUUUCCAUCCUGUUCAAUUAACUACCCUUUUAGUUGGAACAACUACGGGUGACGUCUCACUGUGGGAUGUAGCUUCCAGAGAUAGGAUUUCUCAUAAAAGUUUCAAAGUUUGGGAUCUUCAAGCACGUUCAGCAUCCCUUCAGGCAACUCUGACCAAGGAUCCUACUGUAUCUGUUAACCGUGUGAUUUGGAAUUUUGAUGGUACUCAAUUUGGUGUUGCAUACUCCAAACAUCUUGUGCACUUGUUUACAUACAAUGGUCGUGGUGACAUAUCAAACCCCUUAGAGAUUGAAGCACAUGUUGGUGCAGUUAAUGAUGUUGCCUUCUCUCAACCUAACAGACAAGUGUGCAUUGUGACCUGUGGAGAUGACAAGACUAUCAAGGUUUGGGAGGCUGGUACUGGUGUGCUUCAGUACACUUUCGAAGGUCAUGAAGCCCCUGUGUACUCCAUAUGCCCACAUUUUAAGGAAAAUAUUCAGUUCAUCUUUUCAACUUCUGUUGAUGGGAAGAUUAAAGCAUGGCUGUACGAUAAUGCGGGCUCAAGAGUUGAUUAUACAGCACCUGGUCAAUGGUGCACUACUAUGGCUUAUAGUGCUGAUGGAACAAGGCUGUUUUCUUGUGGGACUGGCAAGGAUGGAACUUCCUAUAUCGUUGAAUGGAAUGAGUCUGAAGGGACCAUAAAACGGACGUAUGAUGGUUUACGCAAGCAACCUAUCGGCGUGGUACAAUUUGAUACAAUAAAAAAUCGGUUCUUAGCUGCUGGAGAUGAGCAUAUGGUUAAGUUUUGGGACAUGGACAAUACCAACCUCCUGAUAACCACUGAUGCGGAUGGUGGUUUACCGGCAUUACCACGUGUCAGAUUUAACAAGGGUGGGGCUUUGCUGGCUGUCUCGACAAAUAAUAACUAUAUUAAAGUAUUAGCAAAUGCUGAUGGUCAGCUGCUGCUUUCCCUUGAAAAUCGUUCAUAUGUUGCUGCCCGAUCAGCUUCUGAGUCCAUUAUGAAGACUGUGGUGCAGGCACCGAUCAUUAGCCCAUUGGGAACUGUCAGUGCAAUGGCUGGACCUAGUGCUUCAGUUGCUGAUAGAGGUGCUCCAGUGGCAACCAUUGUUGCAUUGAAUGGAGAUAAUCGGAGUCUGGGAGAGGUGAAGCCCAGGAUGAUUGAUGAAUCAAUUGAGAAAUCUAAGAUUUGGAAGUUGACUGAAAUCAACGAACCAUCUCAGUGCCGUUCUCUGAAGCUUCCAGAUAGUCUGGUAGCAGCUAAGGUGCCGAGAUUGAUUUAUACAAAUUCAGGACAUGCUAUAUUGGCAUUGGCAUCUAAUGCUGUUCACAAGUUAUGGAAAUGGUUGAAGAGUGAUAGAAAUACUUCUGGAAAGGCAACUGCAAGCAUAUUACCGCAGCUAUGGCAACCUUCGAGCAGUAUACUAAUGACUAAUGAGAUUAGUGAUGCAAACACAGAAGAAGUUGUUCAUUGCUUUGCACUGUCAAAGAAUGAUUCAUAUGUUAUGUCUGCAUCAGGUGGAAAAAUUUCCCUUUUUAAUAUGAUGACGUUUAAGACUAUGACAACUUUCAUGCCUCCUCCUCCAGCAGCCACUUUUCUUGCUUUUCAUCCACAAGACAACAACAUCAUUGCCAUAGGCAUGGAGGAUUCCACAAUCCAAAUCUACAAUGUCCGCAUUGAUGAGGUAAAAAGCAAGCUGAGAGGGCACCAGAAGAGAAUUACUGGCCUUGCCUUUUCUAACACGCUAAAUAUACUUGUCUCGUCAGGUGCAGAUGCUCAGCUGUGCAUAUGGGGAACGGAUGGAUGGGAGAAACAAGCUAGUAAAUUUUUACAGAUACCUACUGGACGAGUGUCAGGUUCUCUUGCAGAAACAAAAGUUCAAUUUCACCAUGAUCAGCUCCAACUAUUGGUUAUCCAUGAGACACAGCUGGCAAUAUAUGAUGCAGCAAAAUUGGAAUGCCUUAAACAGUGGCUAGCCCGAGAUGGAAUAAUUACGCAUGCAACAUAUUCCUGUGACAGCCAGACGAUAUAUGCAAGUUCCAUGGAUGGAAGUGUGAGUGUCUUUACGUCAGCCCUUCAAUUGAGGUGUCGGAUUAGCCCUGCAGCCUAUUUGAAUGCCCAAUCGAGUGCAAGUGUAUAUCCACUGGUCGUUGCUGCCCAUCCUUCUGACCCCAGUCAGUUUGCUCUGGGACUGACUGAUGGUAGUGUCCAAGUACUAGAGCCUCUAGAAUCAGAAGGGAAAUGGGGAACUGCGCCGCAACCAGAAAAUGAUGUUGGAUUGAGUGCUAGCUCAGUUGGAAACUCUGCUCCAGAUCAAUCAUCAAGGUGAUGAUAAGUGCCCAGAGCAUUAGCUGACUGACAAGUUUUCUUUUCUUGUUGCUCUUAAACAUCCAGACUUGCAGUUACCUCUACUUGUCAGAUACAUAAAUCACCUGAAGACAGGCUGCAGUUGACACAAAUUAUUGCCCAGUUACUCAAGACGUAUAAUCAUUCGCCCAUGAGAGAUGACUGACAUGCACAAAGGUUAAACAGAAGCAUAGAAUAGAGAUGGGAAAGAGGGAAACCAGGGAGAUCUGGGUUUGGCUACUUUGUUUUUGGUCUAGCAUCCCUCCAAGUCAAGUGUUGUGGGUAGAAAUAAGUUUGUUUAGAGAUCAAAAUUUUUGGCUGAUGGAAGUUCAGUUUUACAUUGUACGGACAUGUAUAUUUGUUCAAAAAUUUCAGUCAUGUGUGUGCAUGUUACUGAUCCUUUUAUUUUC